ACAAACAAGCAUUUUCAACAUAUUUUCUGUUAUUAAUUAGUUACAAUGAAGCUGAUUACGCACAAUAUGUUGACAUCAAACAUAAUUAAAGGAGUUAAAAAUGGAUUUCCUCUUAAAAUCAUAGCAUCAAAAGUUGAAGAAAAGGAGGUAGACUUCAAUCCAGAAUUCACAGCACGGAUGAUACCCAAGAUUGACUGGCAGGCUCUAAGACAAGCUGCAGCUGAUUUGGGCAAACCAAACUCCCUGCCAGAGGCAGUGGCUGACCAGUAUGAAGAGAAUGUGGAUUUCUUGAAGCAGACCCACCAUGUGUUGAUGGAGCUGGAAGUUAUUGAGGGAGAGCUGGUGUGUCCAGAGUCUGGUAGAAAGUUUCCAGUCAGCAAUGGCAUUCCAAACAUGCUUUUAAAAGAGGACGAAGUGUGAAACAGUGAUGUGGAAGUGCAGUAUACAAGUUGUGAAAUAUGGAUGGCGAUCCAAAUACAAUGAUGUCAUGUUCUGAGAAAACUGGUCAUAAUUCAUGUGCGUAAAGUGUCGUCCCAGAUUAGCCUGUAAAGUCCGCACAGGCUAAUCAGGGACGACACUUUCUGCUGAAACUUGAUUUUCAGUAAAAAAAAAAGGGACUUCCUUUAAAUGAAAAAUACCUUUACAGCGGAAAGUGUCGUCCUUGAUUAGCCUGUGCGGACUGCACAAGCUAAUCUGGGACCGCACUUUACGCACAUGAAUGAUGCCCAGUUUUCUCAGAACAUGACACAACGUGUGAGACUAGUUACUUCUUGGAAACUAAACUAGCUCUGUUGUUCAUUGUUUCGUCUUCAUAUUUUAAGAAGGUGUUCAUUGUAGUAAAUGUUAUGAUAUGACUGUCAGUGAGAAUUAAUUAUUGUAAUUUGAAGAAAUAAAGUAACAUGUAAUUUUAUGUUUUACAACAAAAAAUCAUUUAACUAGAGCUGUUACUUUCAUAUGACAUUUGGCCCUGUCUCAUAAUAAUUAUUGUGAGCAGGAGUAAUUGUUUGUUUUCUAAUGUGUUAUUAUGGGUGUGUAUUAAAAUUGUGAAUAUAAAAUGAAACUGUC